UAAAGGGAAGUUUUACGGUCCGUCGUUUGAGAGUGUGAAUUGCGAAUGUGAUUUUACGCUGCCGGUAAAACGAAGUGCUGUGAGUUAGGAAGCAAAAACGAAUCGAGACGAACGCUUGACGCGAAUAGUAUAACGACGCGUUGAAGCGAAUACCGGAAUCGGAAGUGAAGUGUAGUGAAUAAAGUGAAUUGAAGAGGAUACAGAAUAACCAGAGCAAUAGCCACCCACCGCUGUGUAAAUGGGCGUGCGGUGUAAGUGUAUGGCGAAUGCUUUUUUUCUUGUGCACAAGGAAGUGUGGUGAAUUUUGAAAUUAUAUUGAAAACACAACAAAGGCAACUUCGCGUGAUAGUGUGAUAGUGUCGGGUGCCGAUUGCCAGUAUACCGAGAAAUAGUUGGUUUGCCUAGCUGCUGCUGCAAGCAAACUGGUCCAUGCGUGCACAUAAUUAGCAAACGUUUGCACGCUCAUGUUGUCAGAAGAACGUCAGCAGCUGACCGUGUUGGACCACUAGCACGGCAGUUCCUCCGACCCCAGUGUGGGUAGUAAUCAAGUCGAAGCCAGUAGGGUGCAGUGUGAAAAUUAUUGGCAAAUGAGUGUUUUGUAGCGUGGCUGCUAAGUACAUACAUACAUACGUAUGUGUGCUCAUACGUAGGCUGACUGACUUGCCAGUUUUUUUUUUUUAGAUACUGUCUAUACACAAAAAACACACACCUCGCGCGCAUAUACAUUUUACGGACAGCUGUUGCGCGCUCGUGUUGCUUAUUUGGUAUUCAGAGUCAUCAACGUCUGUUUGCCGUCUGGUCGUGCGACCAGCCUAGAAGCGCUAGACAGUGUGACGCCACUGCCAGAACCAGGCGGAGUAUGUGGCCGCGUUGUUUUGAAUGAAGUGGUUGCGCGUUGAGUGAGUGUCAGUAACGGACAAUUUGCAUAAACGCAUUAAGUGCGCAAAGGAAGCGUGCGAUUGUGUGCAACGAAAAUUUAAUUCCUGCAACGCGUGUAGGUCGUAGCCGAUAAGAAACAAGUGUCAAGUCAAUCACAAAUUUGAUAUUUCAUUGCAAAAAUAAACUCAAAUAGCGGACAGUGCAGAAAAGUGUCGCGUUCUCUACUCGAAAACCGGCGGCCAGCGUUUAUGUUUGUUCGUGUAGACGCGUCUAUGCCGAUAGUGCAACGUGUGUGCACGCGUAGAGCGCGCUAAUUUAUGCUGAAAAUUGGCUCGCUGUAAGCGCGGAGGUGUGAAUUAAAAUCCGGCCUCGUAAGCAGACGGCGCAUAUCUUUCAAUUGUACGUCGCGCGCGUAAGGUGCAUCUCCGCGUCCGCUCAGUCCAACGGUUCGGACGUUGCACAUGCCAACGUUGCUUGUGCUGUUGUCUAACUGGGAUUUGUUUCCUUUGGUCUGGUAGUGGCAGGCUGCGCGUUCUAUACCCCAUUGGGCAAUUAGCGUGCAUUCGUGUUGUCGUUUAAUUAAAAUUAAAAAUUCCACUGGAAUAUAAAUUAGCCGGAGGGUCGCUCGUACGAGGCCGUGGUUGCAUACAGCACGUGCUGCGGCCGUUGUCGUUGUCGUUGUCACAGCUGCAAAGUGCUUACUUCGCUUGUCUACCUGCCCAGAGAAAAGUGUUGCGUGUUGGCCAUACGCUGCUAACUAUAAAGAACAACAACAAAUAUAUAUAUUGCUAAUAGGAAGUGUUGCAAGUGUUAAUCGGCGCGUGUGACUUGAAUACGUGAAAAUUCGUCUCGUUGAAUUGCAUGCAACGCACCUAAACAGAAGUCGGUGAAAAGAAUUCAGUGAACAUUGCGUAAUGCGUUCCAGUGUAAACAUGUUGACGGCAAGAGGAGCGCGCACCACCAACAAAGUUCCCUACAGAUGCCUCAGCGCACUCAACGCGCUGUCCACCAUUGUCUGCAUCUGCAUUUGUAUGCUUAGCUAUGCGUUACACCCAGCUGCGGCCGCUUCCUCCUCCAGCUCUGCGCACUCCAACAGCGAUCCCUGCUACUUCGAGGGGAAACCACGCAAGUGUCUGCCCAGCUUUGUGAAUGCGGCCUAUGGUAAUCCCGUGCAGGCAUCCAGCAUUUGUGGCGCGACCAAGCCCGAGCGUUUCUGCGAAAUCAAUCGCGAUGGUUCGCUUAGGGAGUGUGGCAUGUGUGACAAUAGUAAGUCCGAAACGCGUUUUCCUGCUAGCGCGCUAACUGAUUUGAAUAAUCCGAACAAUGUUACGUGUUGGCGUUCGGCGAGCGUACCAGUGCCGAUCGAUUUGGAUACUGCGCCCCCAGACAAUGUUACGCUCACACUAUCGCUGGGCAAGAAAUAUGAAUUGACUUAUGUUAGUUUGUCGUUCUGUCCAAAGUCGCCACGUCCAGACUCAUUGGCUAUUUACAAGAGCUCCGAUUUUGGUCAGACUUGGCAGCCCUUUCAAUUUUACAGUUCGCAAUGUAUGAAGUUCUAUGGCCGACCGGAUCGUGCCAAAAUCAGCAAGUUUAAUGAGCAGGAAGCGCGUUGCAUAGAUUCGCAUCGCGAUGGCACCACUAACCGGUUUGCUUUCAACACACUUGAAGGCCGUCCCUCAGCCAAUGACUUAGACGCAUCGCUUGUGUUGCAGGAUUGGGUUACCGCCACAGAUAUACGUGUUGUCUUCCACCGGCUCGAACUGCCACGUGAGUUGGUUGUGGCACAAGUAAAGGAUGCCGCUAAACCAGAUGCGAAUAGUUUUAGCGAUGAGAUGGGCAGCAGUCAGGAAGACGAAGAGGACGACGAGGAGGAGGAGGAGGAAGACGGCGAGUAUGACUACAAUCUACAAGGCAACGAUGGUACUUACGAAGAUGAAGAAUAUGCGGCUGAGCCCAAGAAACAUUUGGAGUUGGAUGACGAUGAUUUAGAUCUUGACUAUCCCAACGAUGGCCACAGCGGCAUCAGUAUCGUGCCAGAGGUCAAACGCUACAAUAGCAAAACCAAAUUAUCCGCAUACGAGAAGCAUUACCAAGCUAAAUCUGUGCUAGCUGCGGCCGCAGCAGCUGCGGUCGCGAGCACCACAAAAGCAGCCACCACAACAGCGGACAAACACGCGGUUGGCAAUGAUGGCAAAGCAACGCCCAAACCCAGUGCUAAGGAGCUAUUGGCCGUAUCGCAACAUUAUGCUGUCUCCGAUUUUGCGGUCGGUGGACGCUGCAAGUGCAAUGGACAUGCCUCGGAAUGUGUGGCAACAGUGGGACCCAAUGAUGCCCUUCCACAUAUGUACAAUGCAGCAGAUGACUUCGAUGGCGCUGGUUCUGCAGUGCUCGUACACACCAACAACAACAACAAUCAUAAUAAUAACAACAACAAAAACAAUGGCAAUGUGAAUGUCAAGUUGACAAUGACGUGCGCCUGCAAGCACAACACAGCCGGACCGGAAUGUGAACGUUGUAAGCCGUUCUACUUCGAUCGUCCAUGGGGACGUGCAACGGACACCGACGCCAAUGAAUGCAAAAUUUGUGAGGUACUAACAACCAACCAACAGCUGCAACAACAACAAGCGCCAGCAACAUUGAUGCCGUUGCAAGCUCGUAAAAUUGAAACCGUUUAA